AUGAACGCUCCUGACAUACAGGCCCUUUUUUCUAUGGCGUUUUGUCAAUCGUGCUCCACCAUCUAUACCCUGCUCCAGGAGCCGCUCUGUGCUAAAUGCGUUACGGAUCUCGCGGCUUCAGAAGACGUCCCGCGCUCGAUUUUGGACAUCCCUGGAGCCUUCGAGCAGGUCCAAAAUCAUCAAAGUGGGGAACCCAUCUCAGCACAAGUUCGGGAUCUUGCUGAGCACUAUAAACAAACUGCGUCCGAUGUUCGUUUAGGUAACAAGCCCCGCGUGAUGAACACAAACCUUCAGCGCACUCGAAACGCGCAAGUUGCGCGUUCUGUGGGCACCACAACCAUCCAGUCAAACACCACUGCUGCCAUCACUGCUCUCACGGCUACAAAAGCAGCUGCAACCGUCCAAGCACAACGAGAAAAGGGAAAGAGAAUUUAUGUGGCAUUCACUCUGGGAACGUUGGAUCCUCAGAAGCCGAACAAGCAGAUGUCAAUGAUUCCGACGACUCGAUUGAUGUAUGACUUGGGGGCCCUUCCGACAGAACCGGUAUUCAAGGUGUUUGGAGAGUGCCUCUCUCAGCUUAAUGAGAGAAUGAGAACGGAUGCCACUUUCCCUUUUUGUGUUGAUCUAACGAGAGAGCAAGUAACGUUUCACAGCGCGGAGAAAGCAAGUAAUGUCUUUCAAAUUGCCGACAGCAGAAUUGUGGAGUCUACAAUGGGACAGCUAUUCACGUAUCUUGAGCAAUUCAUGAGCAAGACUUCAGUGGACGCUCGAAGAGUGGAAAUCCGGAUUGUUGCAUCAAAAGAUCUUGUCUAUGGAAGCGAGGACCACAUCGAACACGGGAUCGGGCCUGGUCUCAAGUCAAGUCGCCGAGCCGUGGCAUCGAAGGUGACAAACAAGAGCACAACCGCCAGCACGGCCAGCAUGGCCAGCACUGCCGCCCUGAGGACCUGGACACAGACGGUGGCUCAGUCCAGCCGCGAAACUCGAUUCAGUCUAUGGAGCAUUGGCUCAAGGACACCACCCAUACCAGUCCCCUUUCUGAGGCCGAUGGCACCCGACCAGUUCACCAAACUCAAGUUCAGGCGUUACAAAGUAUGUCGCACUGGCAGUAUCAUCAAGUUUCGACUGCCGGAGGCAGAUACUCCCUUCGAAACAAUCUCGGUUGCAGCGGAUUGGAAAAGGGGGUCGCAGCUGUAUCAGAUAGGCGAAAAAAGCUUUCAGACAACUGGCUUCCUGGGCCGAGGCGCUUCCAAACAUGGCAUAUACGCUCGUCUCGGAAACAAGGAAUACGCACUUACUCAGAGCUCCUGCGAAACGGGCGAGAUCAGUGAUUACAGCAAUCUGUCCAUGCUGACCGAUGAGAUGCAGAACUUGGAGCGCGGGAGUAUGCUCCUCGCCGAGUUCCAGAAACUCGCUGCGGAGAAGAGAGUGAAACUACCACAGAUGGCAUUCAACUCGACCGGAGCAUUCAUUGGGAGAUUCGAGCCACUUGUUGAGGCGGAUGCUCCAUUUGACGAUCCUUUGCCGUUCUUGGACUUUCUGGCAACGUCCUACCUCCCUGUUGGAACCGCUGAGGCAAAGAUCGAGAAGUUCACUGGAGGCCAUGAUUGUGGAAGUCCGCCCGGUCCGAAUGACACUGUUCUUGGGGCCCUCCAUGCAUUCACGCACUGGAUGGUCCUCUACACCUCGCAGAACUUUGUUCUGACGGAUCUACAAGGCAUGUAUGAUGCGAGACGGGUUCUGACGCUUCUAGAUCCUCAAUCCCAUUCCUCGGAACGAGACCAGGAGAAGCGUCCCUUCUGGGAUCUUGGUCCCAACGCAGUUGUGAAUGUGCUUACACACCACCUUCGUGACUGCGACGACAACAGCUUCUGCAACAGGCUGGGACUCAAGUCGCUUGACUUUACAUUCAUCGACGAUGACAACGGCUCUGAGUCUAUCCGUCGAUCUUUUGAGUCUGAUGUAACUGUUUCACCGCGCACGUACAGACCUGCAAAGAAGGCGCGAACUGAGCAUUCAGACCCGGAAUCCGAAGAAGAGCCUCCUGCUCCGGCGCGUGGUCCCCUCCGUCACGGAUUCCCGCCAGAAGAUUGAUAGAAUACAUAUCGAAUUACUACACGGCUGAAUACAAUACUAGGCGUUGUCCCC